GGUAUACAUCCAUCUUCUGCUCCAUCUCAUCGAUCUACACAUUGAUAUUCUACGAAUCAUCAUGCAUUAACUGGUGACUGUUGCUGCGAAGCGCACCCACCAGUACUAACCAUAUAACCACACAUACGGCGACGAUCCGAGCCGUAUCAGCGGCACCUCACAUCGAUCCACUCAAGUAGUUCAUAUCGACCGAACGACACCAAUAUCAUCGAUAACCAUCAAAAUACACGCCAAAAUAAGGUGGAAAUGGCCAAACUCACCACAGCAGCCAUAAUUGUCAUCGUCAUCAUCGCCUGUCUCGCAGCCGUCUCCCUCGGCGCCGCCCUCACCAAACAGCUGAAUCCCACCCAGCCCCAGGGCCUCAGAAACUAUCCCCCCGAGCAGGAACGGUACAUGCGGUCUGUGCGUCUGAAGAAUUGGGGAGUGUUCCAUCGGGAUUCUGCACCUCCGGGGCAGAGAGACGUGGAGUCUGCGUAUACGCCCGACGAAUCAUCGCGGUAUUAGAGAUGGCUGACACUAGUAUAGUUUGCUGUUGUUUGGGUGUGGGUGAUAGCGAGGGGUUUGGAUGAUAUGAUGUAUUUAGCGAGCUGGUGUUGGGCGGGCGUCUUGGUUUUUAGUUAUGCUCUUUGGAUGAUACUGUGGGUUGGAUUGGAUUGGCCAUUGGAUUGUUUGUACUAAAAGGGCCGAGAUUGUUGCAGGGUCAAAGAUGC